AAGUGUUCUUUACUUUGCAACCCUUAGUUUUGUUGUAAACCUUGCCACAUGCGUUGGUUGCGUAGCUGACAAACAGUAUGGUAGCCUCGCGGCAUGUUCACGGUGCGAUCCCUCAUACGAUGUUAGAAAACAUGUUAAAACUGUGUUGUUGUUUAUGUGCUGUUUUCUGUGUUUCACAAGCAUUUAAUUUAGAACCCAGGAUACCUGUUUAUAAACUGGGGAUUAAAGGAACAUAUUUUGGAUAUUCUGUAGCCGAGCACCAGAUUUUGGGCGACAGGAAUUCCGUCCGUGAGCAAGUUUUAUUAGUGGGCUCGCCCAAAGCUUAUUCUAGUCAGUUCAGUACAAAUCAUUCCGGAGCUGUGUACAGAUGUCCUGUCAGUACGUUUCCAAAAGACUGUGAACAAAUCAGUAUAGAAGAUGAAAAUGAUUUUGCGGAAGACGAAGUUAUUCGAGACGAUCAGUGGCUUGGUGUUACUGUUAAAAGUCAAGGUCCUGGAGGUUUUGUAUUGACUUGUGCCCACCGUUUAGUUAAGAAAGGACCUGAUUACCAAUGGGGUCUGGGUGUUUGCUAUUCUCUGGAUCAAGAUCUUGUGAAAGAUAAUAUCUGGGAACCCUGCGUUGGACGUCCUGUUGCCAAAGCACACGAGCAGUUCGGCUACUGCCAGGCUGGUACUAGUGCUGACAUAUCAGAAGAUGAUAAACUUAUAAUCGGUACUCCUGGACCUUUCACUUGGAGAGGCACAGUGUUUACAAAUAGCAUCAAAUUUGAAUUAGGUGCUGACAUUACUUGGCGAUAUGGUCCCCUUUUAGACGAUGGUGCUGCAGUUGAAAAGUAUAGUUACUUAGGAAUGUCAGUUACAUCAGGAAAAUUCUUUGGUAAUGAGACGUCAUUCGUUGGUGGUGCACCCAGGGGUAACGGAACGGGUCAGGUUGUGUUCUUUAAGAAAAAAGGCAAGGAUACUAUCUUCUUAGUUGAGCUGGUACUCAAUGGAGAACAAUUUGCCUCAUCUUAUGGUUAUUCUUUGGCCACUAUCGAUGUUAACAGUGAUGGCUAUUUAGAUCUUGUAGUUGGUUCACCAUUCUACUAUUCUAAAGGUAUUGGAGGAGCUGUUUAUGUUUACAUGAAUUCAGAAUUUGGCAUAACUGAAGAUACAGAACCUAUCAAACUGACUGGAAAAUCUGAUUCACAAUUUGGUCUCUCUGUUGCAAAUUUGGGUGAUUUAAAUAAAGAUGGUUACCCAGACUUGGCCAUUGGUGCUCCAUAUGAUGAGAGAGGGGCUGUCUAUAUCUAUAUAGGGUCUGAAUCGGGUCUGAUAACUGAACCAUCUCAGGUUAUUAGGGUAGAGGACCUGGCUAAGGAAGCGAGGUCCAAAAGAGACCUCAGCACCUUUGGUUACUCAUUGUCUGGAGGGAUGGACCUCGAUAGCAAUGGAUAUCCCGAUUUAUUAGUUGGAGCCUAUGAAAGUGAUAGCAUUGUUCUCCUUAGAUCUAGGCCUAUUAUUGACAUCAUAACUCACGUUGAAGGUAACAUUUCAAGCAUAGAUCCAAAAGUCAAAGGAUGUUUGGAAGACCAAAAUUCUUCUUCGGUUUGCUUUUCUUUUGAGGCAUGUUUUCAGUUCAAUUCAUCUGUCUUAUCUCACGGCACAUACAUCAAACUCCGGUACAGAAUAGAAGCCGAAACAUUUACCGGAAAAAAGUACUAUCGAGCAAAGUUUAAGGCGUCCCUUGAAUCUGAAGCACCAAAUGUUGUUGAAAAAGAAUUAGUCAUCCGUGGUGUCUCCCUUUACGAACCUCACUGUUCAAGACAGCUUGUCUACUUGAAGGAAAAAACUGAUAUUCAAACUCCUAUUAAAUUUAAACUCACCUAUACGUUAAUCCAAAAAGAACCCAGAAUGUCCAAAGUAGGAGAGGCUAUACCUGAUAUUAAUCAAUAUCCUAUUUUGAAUCAACAAGAAGCAUCUAAAGUGUUUGAGGCCAAAUUUUUAAAAGAUUGUGGGUCAAAUGAUAUUUGUGAAUCAGAUCUGCAUGUUACUGCUGAAUUGAAUCUUCCAAAGCAAGAAAAUGGUGUCCCUGUUCUUCAUUUGGGUCAACAAUUGGUAAAUCUGUCGAUUGUGUUAUACAACCACAAAGAGCCUGCUUAUGAUGCCUCCCUCUACGUCACUCAUCCCAGCACAGUCAGCUAUAUUGGUCGCAAAGUUAUUAAAGGAGAUCAAAUAGAAUGUGUACCUCACAACAGUACCGUUUUGAAGUGCGAAAUUGGAAAUCCAAUGAACAAGGGAUUUGUUGAGUUUCAAAUUCGAUUUAGCCCUAGAAAUGUUUCUGAUGAUGAAAAGCAGCUGAAAUUUAUUUUAAAAGCCAAUACAACAAGCAUAGAAGUAGCACCUGAAGAGGAUUAUGUUCUUCGUGCCGAUAUUGUUAGGGUUGCUGAACUAGAACUUAGAGGUGUUUCAAAUCCAGAACAAGUUGUUUAUGGGGAACAUUUUGUUGAAGAAGAAAAUAUGAAAACUGGAGAAGACAUUGGUAGCUUAAUUAUCCAUACCUAUGAGCUUAUUAAUUAUGGUCCUUGGAAAGCUAAGGAGGUUGAAAUUCAUGUGAAGUGGCCAUACCAGACAGAAACUUUCACCAAAAAUGGAAAAUGGUUAUUAUACCUGAUGGAGUCUCCUAAGGUGCAAGGUAAUGGCUACUGUGUAUUAGACCAAGAAAUAAUCAAUCCACUACGAUUACAGGUUAAAAGAGAAGAAGAUCCAUAUAUUCGUGAGAUAGAAACUGAAUCAAUCAAAGCAGAAAGAUUGAGGACAAAAAGAGACGUAAAUGAAGCUCAAGCACCAGAAGAAAUUCGAUUGGACCCUCGAACUCUAACCAUAGCUACAAUGGACUGUGAUGAAGGAACUGCUAAAUGCCACUUCUUCAAAUGUAUCUUCAAAGAUUUACUUCCAGAUAAAAAUGCUCUCAUUAGUAUAAGGGCUAGAAUGUGGAGCAAGACUUUUGUAGAGGAUUAUGCAACUGUUGAUCGAGUGGAUAUUGUGUCCCGUGCCAAGAUUUACUUGGAUCCCAGAUUAGAUAUACAACAGGAUCCUAAGAAUGAUUUUGCUUCUGCUGUGACAAAAGCUUUGCCGGAUCUUCCGUUGUAUCAGAAACCUGAAGAGGUUCCCCUUUGGAUUAUUAUCUUAGCUGUUUGUGGUGGACUUCUGUUGCUCAUACUACUUAUAUUUUGUCUCUGGAAGCUUGGAUUUUUCAAGCGGAAAAAACCUGAAUACAUACCAGCUGAGCUUCAUGAAAAGGAAAGAGAUCCUUACUCGAAUGGAUAUCCCUAUUCAUAAACAUUUAGGUCUCUUAAAUAUUUCAAUCAAGAAAUCUGUGAUGUGCAUAUUAAAAAUAAAAGCCUAUAUACUCAAAGACCUUAAUGUUAAUGGAUUGAGAGCACCAUAAAUAUAUUGGCGCUACAAUCAUGUGAAAAAAUGUGUACAUAUGUACAAAAUAUUGUACAAUAUUUCAACAACAAAAAUCUUGACUGCAAUGCCAGAAUCAACAGGUUUGAUCAUUUUUGUUUUCAUUUAUUUUCAUCGCCAUUUAUACUGCCAUCUAUCUAAUCAUUAUUUUAGAGAUGUCAAGUGAUUGAUGUAAAGCUUUUUCAUCCGAAAUACAUUGUGAUGUGUGACAGAGACACUUUGAAAAUUGUUUUGCAAGAAAAGAACAAAUAAUGAAAUAUUUUUAGUUUCUGUUAGUAGUACCUAUUAAAUAAGUUCUGUAUUGUUUAGUUAUAUGCUAUUUGUCUUAGUUUUCUGUACUAAAUAAAGAAUGAAUGGAUUGUUUUUUUUUUUAUUUUUACUUAUGUACAGUAGUUUUAUUGAGAAUGCUGUGUAAAGGAAUUAAAACACAUUCUUUAUGAAUGAAUUUAUGCAUUAAUGUAUAUUAGUUUAUGUAUAUUUUAUCAGCCUUUUUAUUGGCAGCUGAGACUGUAAUGUUUGUUUUAUUGUAUAGACUUUGACACAGUUCCUGUUAAUGGCUAUCAAUUGGUUGGCCUAUAUUUUCUUCCCAAAUAUUUUAAGCCCAGAACUUAAAAUUUUUAUAACUACUUUUAUAUUAUUUUGUAUUUUCCAAUUAUUUCUUUCAAAAAAUAAGGAUGCUGAGAUAAAACUCAAAUAUUCUAAAUAAAGUUCUUUUUCCAAUUGAAAAUAAUUACUGGGUAUGGGGUAAAACUAGGAAAUCACAAAUUUUGUAGUUUGUGUUUGAAUUGUUUUUGGUUUAUUACUUAAAAAUUAUUUUAUUUUUAAUUUGUCACAACGAAAAGUUUUGAUAGAUUUUUGUGAUUAUUUUUCAUUAAUGUUCAUUGAAAUGAACCAAAAUAAGUAUGUCAAAUUAUCUAGAACAAUAAAAAAUGUGCUCUUUAAAUAAAUUACAAUGCUUCUUUUCAUGCUAAAUUAUGCUCUUAAGGAAAAAAUUAACUAUGUAUUAAUUUUUUUAAAAUACUUAUUUAUAUUUUCUGUAUAUAUUAAAUAGAAAAACAAUUGUUUGACGGAGUGGUGCUCUAACUCAUUAAAUCAAAAUGGAAAAUCGUUAAUUUUUUAAAUCAAUAAUAAGAAUCAAAGUACUAUAGUUGUCGAGACCAGGACCGUAAACCAGACCAAAAGUGUUGCAAACGAACCUGGUCAUAAUAUAGGGAAAAUAGUACUGCCAAUCGAAAAACAACCUAAAUGCUUCACGAUAGAUUUUAAGAAAUGCGACUUGACGACUUCCCUUGCUAAUGCUAACAAUGUUAAAAUAUAAUUUCAGAAAACUGAUUUUAAAAAAAAGUUGAUUUUGAUACAAAAACUUUUGUAAUGCGUAGUUUAUCAUACAAAAAUGCCAUCUAUAUAAAAAUUUCACUUUUGAAUUAAGCUGCUUACGUUGAAUUUUUUUAUUGCGCCUCUAAAUAGGCGUUACUCAAAUAUAUUAAAUUCUUCAGAGGAGUUCUGUUUUAAAAUAGACUGCAACUUGUUAAAGGGAGCAAAAGUUUAAUUAUGAAUAAAAGUUUUUAUUUAACAUAACCUGUUUUUGUUUCCUAUAAAUUAAAAUAAAUCUGAUUUACACAAUAUUUGUAUAGUAUAUUAAAUCAAAACUUAAGAAUCAUAAAUUAUGCAAGUUUGACUUAUAAAAAAUGCAUAAACUAAAAAAGUUUUUAGGAAAAGUCUAGUUUAUUUACUUAAUGAUCUGAUUUGUUAUUUUUGUACUUAUUUUUUAUUCAACUCCCAAUUAUAAAAAUUACCAUCUAUCCUGUUGUAUAAGUCUGCCCCUUAUUUUUGAUUACGAGGUUUCUCUUAUGUCGGGCGUAUAAGUUGACCGAUCUAAAAAUGAUUCUUCAUUUUUUUUUCUGAACGUAAUUUAAAGUAUCGUUUAUAGAAAAAACAAUAAUAUGUAAACUUUUAUAUGCCCCGAUAUCAAGAUUGAGGAAAGUCAGACAUAAUUACUAGCGUUUAAGUUGAUCCCCUUAUAUAUUUUUUUUUAAAUUUUGGAGUUCUGAAAAUUCGACUUAUACACCAGGAUGUAAGGUAAUAGCUAUUUUAGUAAUGCAUAUGAUUAAAAUUAUUUUCCAUUUUAUUUAAUGUCAUUUAUAUGUUUCCUUAAUUUUUCAAAAUAUUAAUCUGCGGUGCUAUGUUUUAUCUACCAAGUAUUUUACAUAUCAUUAAUCAUAGAAUCUCAUUAUUUUGUUGUGGUUAGAACUACCAUCAUCAAAGUAUUUAAUACUUCAAAUAAUUAUUUAAAAUAAUAUUUUAUAGUGAUUAAACUUCCUGUAAAAAAAUAUAAUAUCUGUGCCCAGUGAUUUUGUAGAUAUUGUGCAUUUUAUUUUGUUUAUUAGGAGUACGGUCAAAAUAUAUUUGUAUUUCUUCAUUUAUGGAUUCGAUUUAUUUAUUAUCCAUUAUUAUACCAUGGACGCUUUCUUUUUCUCUUCUGAUUGUACUCCUUGUUGAAAUAUUGCUUUUGUUGAGAUUACUUCAUUUUGAUUUUAUUUUAUAUUUAAAAAAAACAUGUAUAAUAGAAAUGUUACUUGAAGUUCCUUUAUAAAAAUUGCAAAUAUGUCUGUGUAAGUUGGUUGUGCUUUGUUUUAAAAGAAAUAUUAAAUUGUAUAUUUAAUAAA